UCAGGAACAGAAAGAAAGAACCACCUCAAGCCACCAGCCACAUAAGGCCCACCACACCCUUAAACCCCUCCGUUCCAAUCUGAUCGGGCGGUGGGAUUUCUGUCAAGAUGCCGUCGUCGCCGUCUCCUUUUCUCUUCCUUGUAGCCAUCUUAGCCGUUGUCUCCAUUUCUAUACCAAAUGCCGUCGAAGGUUGGUCGGAAGAUGAAAUCCUCAUCGAUUCUCCCCUCCUAACUUCAAAGAUCGGCACCAAUCGCACGGUAAUAGUUGAUCUCUCCGGUAAAGAGCAGUUCACGUCUGUCCAAGCUGCCGUUGAUUCUAUCCCCGAAGGGAAUGCGGAGUGGAUCAUCGUCCAUGUCCGGAAGGGAGUGUAUAGAGAAAAGAUUACUAUACCAAAGAACAAGCCAUACAUUUUCUUGAGAGGAAAUGGGAAGGCGAAGACGAGUAUUAUAUGGGAUGACUCAUCCACCGACAAUGCUGAGUCGGCUACUUUGACUGUGUUUGCUCCACGCGUUGUUGUAUGGGGUAUCAGCUUCAAGAAUGAAGCUCCGUUGGGUGAUGCCGGUGCCACGAACAACCGAUCGGUAGCGGCGUAUGUGUCAGCAGACAUGGUUGCAUUCUAUCACUGUAGAUUUUUCAGUAAACAAAACACUCUCUUUGAUGCCAAAGGCAAGCAUUACUACGAAAAUUGCUACAUUACCGGCUCCAUCGAUUUCAUUUUCGGCAGAGGCCGAUCCAUUUUCAAGAGCUGCGAAAUCUUUGUAGUAGCGGACGACCGAACGACGAUCCGUGGCUCAAUCACAGCUCACAAUAGACAAAGAGAAGAUGACAAUAGCGGAUUCAUAUUCAUCAAAGGGAAGGUCUACGGCGUCGGAGGCGUCUACUUGGGCCGAGCUCGAGCGGCCUACUCCAGGGUCAUCUUCACCAAGACCUACUUUUCAAAGACCAUUGUUCCAGAGGGAUGGACUAACUGGAGCUACAAUGAGAGCACCGAUAAUUUAUCACUUUGGGAGCAUGAUUGCUAUGGCCCUGGAUCCAACACAGAUCAUCGCGUUCCAUGGUCUAAACAACGCACCGCAGAACAAGUUCAUCAUUUCGCGACCAUUGAUUUCAUCGACGGCAAGGAAUGGUUGCCGAUCUAUUAGUACAUGAAAUUCUAUCCUUGUAUUUUUAUUUUUCUUUUGUAUAAUUUGAAUAUUUGGAUUCGA